UCGGUAUUUAAUUUGUCCUGUUCCCACGCUCGAUUCCGCGAUUAUUCUCGGCAAUUGCAAUGUGACCUCUUAAAUUUAGCUGGUCCUCCCUCACUGUCAAAUGACUAUGCCGUUGUAUCGCAGUUUGCGGGUCUGGAUCACGAUGAGGACAGUUCACGGGACUGCAGCGAUGACGAGCGUGGUUCUCCCCACAAUGAACUCAUUGAUGACAACAACACUGUUUCCGGGUCUCCUAAGCAUUUCCCUAGGGUCCCUGGAAGUCACGGACGACCUUCGUUCAGUCACUAUGGCGCCACAAUCGUUUCGCCUAAACACCACGAUGCCAUCGGAAAUGAACUUGCGAGUCCAGGAUCUCAACAAGACCGUAGAGGGUCUUUCGCCAGUAUAUCACAUCUGAAUGCCCCCUCUUGGGGGGUGGCUUAUGAGCAAGACUCCCUCCUGGCUGACACCCCACGAAUCCAAGAAACUGCUGAUGGCACUGAGGAAACGCACACUCUACUUGAGACGCAAGUGUGGAAACAAGAGGCGGGGAUAAUAUGGAAGUAUACUCUCCCUGUCCUU